GUAUUUAAACAAUCAAAAAUUGAAGUUUUUGCGAACCGAAACGAAAAUGUUGCUUCGGUGUUGAGAUAUGCCAAAUGGGAUUACCGAAUCGGCGACAAUUUGUGUAUGUGGAGUGCAUUUUCUGGGAGUCGUGUCGCAAUGCGCUCAAUUGUUAUUACGUGACCUCGGAAACGCCGCAAAAAAUAGUUUGCUCAAAAACAGAAAGCAGACACAAAAAAUAGCGAAUAUCGCGCAGCAUUGACUUUCAACUUCAAAGGCAAAGCGCCCACGAUCAAUCACAAAAUCCAGUGCGACGGGCGGGCUUUUACGCAGUGAAGGAAAUUGUGCUAAAAUUCUUUUGGCUUGGCCACCCACCGACUGCGAGUUGCCGCUUAAACACAAAUACCAUUGCAAGUGAGCAGAACGAAUGAGGGCAUCCAUUGAGAUGCGAAUGUGAAAUAUCAGCUAAACGUAAUUAGAAAGACCAAAAUUAACGAAGCAGAAUGUCUGGCGGACGCGACAGCAGCACUAGUGGCACCAGCAGUGGCAGUAGCAGCAACUCCACCACCACAGCAGCAGCGGCAGCAACCACAUCGCCUGCAUCCACCCAAAGACAACGUGGUCGUCCGGCCAAGAGGGCCACCUGCACCUGGUGUGGCGAGGGGAAGCUGCCCCUGCAGUAUGUGCUGCCCACCCAGACGGGGAAGAAGGAGUUCUGCUCGGAGACGUGCAUUGCCGAGUUCCGCAAGGCGUACAGCAAGGGCGCGUGCACCCAGUGCGACAAUGUGAUCAGGGAUGGAGCACCCAACAAGGAAUUCUGCUCGAUUAUGUGCAUGAACAAACACCAGAAGAAGAACUGCUCCACCAGGCAUGGAGGUGGUGGAGGGUCAGGCGGGGGAAAGGGUCUACCCGAAAGCGAGCGCAAAUUGCUGAGCAGUGGAGCGCCCGCCCCAGCAGGUCCCUUCCAAUACGAGAGCUUUCAUGUCUUCGACUGGGAUGCCUACCUGGAGGAAACUGGCAGCGAAGCCGCCCCUGCGGAAUGCUUUAAACAGGCCCAAAAUCCUCCCAUCAAUGACUUCAAGAUUGGGAUGAAGCUGGAAGCGCUGGAUCCACGCAAUGUCACCUCCACCUGCAUUGCCACAGUCGUGGGGGUGCUGGGAUCCAGACUUCGGCUGCGUCUCGACGGAAGCGACUCGCAGAAUGACUUCUGGCGCCUGGUGGACUCCACGGAGAUCCAUGCGAUCGGUCACUGCGAGAAGAACAAUGGCAUGUUGCAGCCGCCGCUGGGAUUCAGAAUGAAUGCCUCUAGCUGGCCCGGUUACUUGUGCAAAAUCCUCAUCAACGCUAUGGUAGCGCCCGAGGAUAUCUUCCAGCCAGAGCCGCCGUCGCCGGAGGAGAAUCUCUUCAAAGUUGGCCAGAAACUGGAGGCAGUGGAUAAGAAAAAUCCUCAGUUGAUUUGCUGCGCCACUGUGGAUGCGAUCAAGGAUGACCAAAUACACGUGACGUUCGACGGCUGGCGUGGGGCCUUCGACUAUUGGUGCAACUACCGGUCCAGAGACAUCUUUCCCGCCGGAUGGUGUGCCCGCAGCUGUCAUCCCAUGCAGCCGCCGGGCCACAAGUCCCGCAUGGACUCCAGCUCGGGCAAGCAGCGUUGCCCGCGCCCCCGCUACACUGUUGUCACCGAGUCGGAGGCCAUGGUCCCCGCCUCUCCGGCCACCGCCCACUUCCAUCCGAACUGCAAGGGCGGUCCGUUCAUCAACAACUCGAAGCUGCCGUGCAUGGUGACGGGACCGACGUACCAAACGCUGGCCAAGCUGUGUCUGCAGGAAGUCCUCGCUGCAAGCACGGACACACAGCAGCUGUCCAAGCUGCUGUUCGCCUUGGAAGGAGACGUGCACAUUGUGACUGCAGCAGGCAAGAAUUUCACAGUCAAAAUCCCAUCGCCAAUGCGCAUGAAGGACGAGGAGAGUCUGGCCCAGUUCAUCGAGACGCUGUGCACCACAUGCCGGGCAUGUGCCAAUCUCAUCUCGCUCGUCCACGAGACCGAAGAAUGCAAGAAGUGCGCCCAAAGCAGAAAGCGUCAGCUGACGCAGGCGUCUACGCCUCCCUCAUCGCCCGUGCUGUCCGAUAAGCGGCAUCGGACGUCCUCCGACAAGAUGGUGAUCAAGCAGGAGACGGGCGCCAAAUCACCGUCGGACGUGAAGACCAAACCCCUGCCGAACAACGGGAAAGAGCAUACGAAUCAUCAGAGUAAUCAAAACAGCCACGGGUCAAACAACGGGAGUGACCCUGGGAGCAAACCCAAUGCGAAGGUGGUCGUCAAAACAGAACCCAACGGCGUGACCGGCGGAGGGACAUCCACCACCACGCAGGCCUUGCGCAAAGUACGCUUCCAGCAUCACACAAACAACAACAACAACAAUAGUAUAACCAACAACGGAAACACAGAGACAAACCAAACGACGCCGCCGGUGAGCAAUUCUUCGUCGUCGUCCUCGUCGUCGACCACAAGUUUGGCGGCGGGUGGGACAGCUAAUGCGAGUUCUAUUGGAAAAUACCUGGCCCCACUGGUUGCCGAAGUGCAUCCGGAACAGAUCAACGCGAAGGUCUCGAACAGCUAUUACAAAUCGCCGACAACACUCUCCUCCAGCGCCUCAUUGCCAACGUCCGUGUCGACUCCGUUCACUGGCUGCCAGUCGGCAUCAUCCACUGCACUGGCUGCAGGGGGAGUGACGGCGCCCAAGGCCGCCACAGCGCCGGCAGGGGGAGCUGCAGCCUCCACCAGUUACACAGCAAUUACCUCGCCCCUCAGCACACCCACGUCCGCAUCUGCGUCGCACCUGCGCUCACAGCCCAUCGACUGGUCCAUCGAGGAAGUCAUCCAGUACAUCGAGAGCAACGAUCACUCGCUCUCAGUCCACGGCGAUCUCUUUAGAAAGCAUGAAAUCGACGGGAAGGCACUAUUGUUGCUAAACUCAGAAAUGAUGAUGAAGUACAUGGGCCUGAAGCUGGGACCAGCCUUAAAAAUCUGCAAUUUAGUCAAUAAGGUAAACGGUCGUCGAAAUAACCUGGCCCUAUAAACGAUUAAAUAUACUACGAAACACGGAAGCAGCCUCCAAAAUCCAUUAACUAAUAGCAUUUCUGAUCGAGAAACAACUACAGGAAAACACUGUCGACAAAUUAUGUUGGUACCGCCCAUCCCAUGAUUCUAGAAUUUAUUUUGGGAAAAUAUUUGGUACGCAAAAGCCCCUCCUUGAAAUUCUUUAAACAUAAUAUGGUUUUGUUUUGCGUUUAAAACAUUUUUACAAUCAUAUACAGUGGUGAAACAGUUUUCAAAAUAUUUACAUUGACGCCGUGAUUUUAGCAUAUUGUACAUUAUACAUACAAUUUUUAUAAACUAAUCGAAUUCUAACCAUUUUUACUCCUUGCAAUGCAACAAACUUUUCAAAAGUUAUGUUCUAUAAUUAUUCAAUGCAAUCGAAACGUAUUUAUUUUUGGCGGAAUAUUGAAAACUGUAAUCCCUGCUACUCAAAAAUGCUUUGCACAUACAUAAACAAUAUUUAUUAAACACAAACACGCACACACAAGGCAUCCCACAUUUACGGAAUCUAAUAACAGCAAGAAAACUACGAUUAGAACUAGAUUUUAAGAGAAACAAAAACACAAACACAUACACACAAGUUUGGAAUGAUUGUAAAUAUUUUACAUACAUAAAUAAUUUUAUAUUGCGGUAUUUAGUUUAGUUGCUGUUGCUAAUUGUAGCGACAUUUGAAUUAUUAUUUAGGUGUUGAACAAACGAAUUCUGCGAAGGAUUCGUCUGUUGACUGAACAAACAAUGAAAUAUAAAUAUUUUAGUUAAAAAAAAACAAGAAAUACCAAUUAAGGCCCUUCCUUUAAACUCUUUUGUUUGGAAAAUAGUGCAUACACAUACCCACUACCACUACAACCCACUAAUGAUAUGAUGUUAAGUGUGGCGAUAUGUGUCUCAUUACGUUUAGAUUCAACCACUUACACAUUCGAAAUUAAAGAGAUACGAAAUCCUGUAUAUAUGCGCGAGUACAUAUGAGCUCCCAAGAUUUGUUACACUUUUAGUUGUAUUUAAUAUUAGUCUUCUGAAAAAUUGUACAUUGUAUGUAUCAUCAAGUACACACAGAACUCAGCUUAAUGAAAUCGAACAGCACUACUAUCGAGAACCGAAAACGUAUCUUAUCAGAAAGCCAAUGAAACCCAAAUAGAUUCUUCUAUUGAUUUGAA